AUGGCUUUCGAACUGGAAGAAUAUCUGCGGGCAGCUUUCCGGGACAAGCUGCUGCUGCCGAAAAUGCCUGAAAGAGAAGACGACUACCUGACCCCUGCCACCCGCCUGCUGGAGAAGAGGAGGGAGCUGGCAGAGGUGGAACAAGCCCUGUUGGCACAGAAAGAGGAGUUCCAGAUGAAGAUGGAGAGCCUGCAGCAGCGCCGGAUGGAACUGCAGUACAAGGAGGGGCAGCUCAAGGAGGCCAUCUUCAAAUUUGACAAGUUCCUAAAGGACAAUGACUCCAAGCGGAGCCGGGCGCUGCACAAGGUGAGUGAGCAGCGACAGCAGGUGGUGCAGAAGGUCGUGGAGGCCAUGCAGUUGCGCCAGGAGAUUGCCCGGCUGCUCGUGGAGAGGGACAGGCUGCAGCGGCGCCUGGAAGCCCAUGCCAUCUUCCGGAGCUAUCUCCAGGGGGUGUUGGAGAAGACCGAGCAGUUUCAGGAAAUCCAGGCGCUGAUUGACCGCUUUAGGACUCUGACUGCCACCAACGUGGUGCUGGUGCAGCAGGACCUGGGGAGCCGGGAGGCGAUGGCGGAGAAGCAGGCCCAGCUCCAGCAGUACCUGGAGCAGAGCAACAACGAGAUCAUGCAGCUCAACAACCAGCUAGCCCUGCUGCAGGCCCAGCAGGAGCAGGCCCGGGCCAAGGUGCACCAGUGGGAGUCCAAGUGGACUGAGAUCCAGAGCACAGCCGCCAGGAAGACCCUGCAACUGGGGCAGAUCAAGAUGGCUGCCCUCAACCUCUUCCAGCUGGCGACAAAGCAAAUGAAGCUGCAGGUGGACGUCCCCCUGGAGGACACGGAAACCCAGCUUGACACGGUUCAGCUCUGCAUGCUCGACCUGGCUGACAUCCUUGCUGACCUCCGCAAAGGGGAGCCUGCGCCUGCCAUACAGCCCUCGCCCGCUGCUGCCAGCUAAGUCAUUCAGCAUCCUCCCAGCUGCACCACCUCCACUCUGGACCAGGGCCUUGUGCCAACAACCACCAGACCUUUGUCAGAGCAGCUUCC